UUUCUUAUUGCUUAAGUAUAGCAACAGCCUUUUCUUCUUCUACAUGCAUUCCUCAUCUUACAUGCACUUGUGAUUCAAUUAAAAUUUAAACAAGAAGAAUCUAAGAGUUUAGCUUGUUGAUCAAGGCACAUGGCCGAUUGGGGUCCGGUGAUCGUCGCUGUGAUUCUGUUCAUCCUGCUGUCGCCGGGGCUGCUGUUUCAGCUGCCGUCGAGGACGAGGGUCGUGGAGUUUGGGAACAUGUGCACCAGCGGCAUCUCCAUUCUGGUGCAUGCAGUCAUCCUCUUUGUCCUCAUGACGAUCCUUGUUAUUGCUAUCGGAAUCCAUGUUCAGACUGCUUAAGUGUAACCAAUUGCGAUUACAAAGUGUGCUUUGUUGUUUCCCUUGCUCUCUUGGUUAUUCUGUCAAUCGUACACGCAACUCAACAAAUAUUUUUUGGAUGUAAACUUUGGCUUUUGUUCAAUAUUUGGCGGAUGCGUCAUGAAUGAAUGAAUGAAUAGUUCAGCUCUGUCUCACACCCACCCA